AUGUUCUUGAUAGUCCAGGUUUCAGCUGUGGAGGUAUACACGCCGCAAGACUUUGUUGUGGAGAAUGGGACUGAAGCAAAGCUUCCAUGCACUUUUACUUCCACAGAAGUGAUCAGCAGUUUAGCUUCUGUCGCCUGGAGUUUCCAAGGCGAGGGAUCAUCAUCUCUUGUCUCGUUCUUCUAUUAUUCCAAUGGAAAAGCAUAUCCUGGGAAGAAAACACAAUUUGAUGACAGAAGCAGCUGGGCUGGAGACCUUAACAGAAAAGAUGCAUCAAUCACUAUAGCAAACAUGCAAUUUCAGGACAAUGGAACCUAUAUUUGUGAUGUAAAAAACCCUCCAGAUAUAGUUGUUACACCAGGAAAAAUCAAAGUCAGGGUUAUGGAGAAAGGUAACUUGACUGUAUUUCCUCUUCCCCUUGUGUUAGGGGUAACCGGUGCUGGCAUUCUAAUUUUAAUUUUCAUCAUCAUGCUUAUUGUGUGUGUUAUGAUCAGAAAGAAGAAUUCCAAAAAGCAUUAUUCUGGCUGCAGUACCUCUGAGAGCUUGAUGUCUCCAGUUAAGCAGGCUCCACGGAAGUCCCCCUCCGACACAGAGGUUUUGGUAAACAGCGUGCCCAUCCGAUCUCAUCAGGGACCAGUAAUUUAUGCACAGUUAGAUCACUCUGGAGGGCAUUGCAGUGACAAAAUCAACAAAUCAGAGUCCGUGGUCUAUGCUGACAUUCGGAAGAACUGAGGAGAUUACAACCUAUCCAAAGCUUAACAAAAGUUCAAACUGGAAUUGCUUGAAGAAAAUUGACCCAGAGAACUCAUAUGUGGCCUUUGAUGCCUAGGCUAAGACCAAUGCAUGUGCAUACAGAGAGAAAGAGAUUAUAUAUGAACUGUGUGUAAAUAGUCUAUUUAAUCAUACAGAAAUGAGAGCAAUGUUGCAUGUUAAAAUAUGAUGAUAAUUCUGCUUAUAAAUGGCCAAAUAGUUCAUUAUAUAUUUAGGAAAAGGGGGGAAAACAAACAUUCAUGUUACAUCUUUAGGCAAUUUGUCAAUUGUUAUAUGGAAAAACUGGAAAUACUUGGAUAUGCUAAUGGAAUUGGUACCUUUUUAUGUUACUUUUGAAAUGGACACAAGAACUACUUCUGCAUGAUUUCUCUUAAUUAAUAUUUUUGCAUUUUUUU